UUUCCCACUUCCUAACACCAAAAGCGACACCCUACCCCAUAAAAACAAAUUAAUAAGUUCCUUGUUAUUACCCCCAUUUCUCUUCCAUAACAUUUGUUUUAAUCGUUCACUUGCAACAUCUAUUCUCUCUCUCUUUCUAUAUCUUGACAUUAUUAUACAGAUGAUGAGGACACUGUGCCCAAACUUGGAUAGAGAAGAUGGGCUGGAAACAGUGUUGGAAGUGCCCAUACCGGAAGAAAUGUUUGCUUCUCCUAAGCAUAGGACAAGGCAGAACAUGAAAUUUCGGAGUGACAAUAAGUCAGCUGCUUCUGUUUUUGGUAGCAGAAAUGCUGAGAUUCAACUCUUGCUUGGUGUGGUUGGUGCCCCCUUGAUCCCUCAUCCUAUCCGUUUUGACCACUCUCUCAACACAAAGAUCAAUGAUCAUCCCAUUGAGGCUUCAAUGGCGAAAUAUAUAGUACAACAGUACAUAGCGGCAGCAGGGGGAGAACAUGCCUUGAAUUCCAUCGACAGUAUGUACGCGAUGGGGAAGAUAAAGAUGGUAGCGUCUGAGUUUACUGCUGGAGAUGGCAUGGGAUUGAACAACGGCAAUGUGAUGAAGAUCAAAAGUGUGAAAAAUGGGAGUGGAGAAAUGGGAGGAUUUGUGUUGUGGCAGAAGAGACCUGACUUGUGGAGCAUAGAGUUGGUGGUUUCGGGGUGUAAAAUAAGUGCUGGAAGUGAUGGUAAGGUGGCUUGGAGGCAAACUCCAUGGCAUCAUUCUCAUGCUUCUCGUGGUCCUGCUAGGCCUCUUCGUCGUUCCUUACAGGGUCUUGAUCCGAAAUCCGUUGCUAAUUUAUUCUCCACGUCCAUUUGUGUUGGAGAGAAAACAGUGAAUGAAGAAGACUGCUUCGUACUAAAGCUUGAAGCAGAGCCCUCAACUCUAAAAGCAAGAAGCAGCGACAAGGUUGAAGUAAUGAGGCACACUGUGUGGGGGUACUUUAGUCAAAGAACAGGCCUCUUAUUCCAGCUUGAGGACACUCAUCUUUUAAGGAUUAAAGCCCCUGGAAAUGAUGUCUUUUGGGAAACAACAAUGGAGUCAUUAAUCCUCGAUUAUCGAACGAUUGAUGGUGUUAAUAUUGCACAUGCUGGUAGGACAUCAGUUUCUUUGUUCAGAAUUGGUGAGAACUCAGAAGGACACACUAGGACAAGGAUGGAAGAGGUUUGGACUAUUGAAGAAGUCGAUUUUAAUAUAAAGGGACUAUCUGUAGAUUGUUUCUUACCACCUAGUGACUUGAAGAAAGAAGAUGAAGUGAGUCAUGAUGUAAACAAGAAAUCUCGGUUGGGAUUCAAGACUCCUAAACUAAGAACUUCUAGGAGAGGUGUAUCGAAAAUAAUGGUUAUUGAUGAAGAAGAUCUUGAAGACUAUGAAGCCGAUGAAGAAUCUUGAUGUCUAAUUGCGAACAUAUAUAAUAUUCUGUGGUCAUUUUUGUAUAUGGAGCACCACUAGAUAUGUUAUGUCAUAAGUAUUUGAUAUAGGAUUUAACUUGUAUUACACUAACAGUAUAAAAAAAAUUCAGUGACUCGGUUGGAAAGUUGUUUUCGACUGAUAUGAUGAGGUCAAAUAAUUUGCUAAUUUGAGGCUUCAUUUCCUGUAAAAUUCCUCUCUUCACCCCCUUUUUCCGUGGGAUUCUCGUGUAAGCUUUGAGUAAGGAUAUAACAAUAUCCGUGAAGCAAAUUAUCAUUGACAUUGCUCUGUAGUAUUAAGCAUGUACCUUCAUAUUCAUCGAAAAGUCAUAUGAAAGCUACAAAGUUACGAUGUA